CGCCAGCUGGGGGGGGUGGUUCUCGCCUCGCCUCCCUCCUUCCCUCCCUCCUGCGCGGGCUGCUCCCUCCCCGUGGGGCGCAGGGAGGCGAGCCCGCCCGCCCGGGAUGCCAUGGCUCCGCCGGGCUCCGCGCUGCCCGCCUGCCUGCUGGGGCUGCUGCUGCUCGGCUGCCGCGGAGAUUUUGGCCGUUCCUCCGAGCUGGCGUUCGUUGUGGAGCCUAGCGAUGACAUCGCUGUGCAGGAGCAGCCCUUGAUCCUCUACUGCCAGGUGGAGGGCAUCCAGCCCAUCACCAUCACGUGGCGGAAGAAUGGCGUGAUGAUCGUGGACAGCGAGAAUGCCUUCAUGUUGGCCAACGGGUCGCUCUACGUCUCCCGCUUCCAGAGGGUCCGGGGAGACGGGUCCUCGGAUGAAGGCGAGUACGACUGCAUGGCGCAAAACCACUACGGGCUGGUGGUGAGCCGGAAGGCGAAGAUUCAAGCGGCGACGAUGUCCGACUUCCACAUCCACCCUCAGAAUGCAGUGGUGGAGGAAGGUGGUGUAGCCAGAUUCCAGUGCCAGAUCCAUGGCUUGCCUGAGCCGGUCAUCCUCUGGCAAAAGAACCGCAUGCCGGUCAACACAGACAAUGAAAGGUACACGCUGCUUCCCAAGGGGGUCCUGCAGAUUACAGGACUGAGGGCAGAAGACAGUGGGAUUUUUCACUGCGUCGCUACCAAUAUUGCUAAUGUGAAGUUCAGCCGGGAGGCCAGACUCACCGUGUCAGGCUCCCACUCCACCGUUUACAAGGACCCCAUGAUUCUCGUCGGUCCGGAGAACCUCACACUGACUGUGCACCAGACCGCUGUGCUGGAGUGCAUCGCAACGGGCAAUCCCCGGCCCAUCGUCUCCUGGAGCCGCCUAGACGGCCGCCCGAUUGGCGUGGAGGGGAUCCAGGUGCUGGGGACAGGAAAUCUCAUGAUCUCGGACCUCACCGUGCAGCAUUCUGGCAUCUAUGUGUGCGCCGCGAACAAACCCGGCACUCGGGUGCGAAGGACCGCGCAGGGCAGGCUCGUUGUACAAGCCCCCGCAGAGUUUGUGCAGCAUCCCCAGUCCAUUUCCAGGCCCAUGGGGACUACUGCCAUCUUCACGUGCGUGGCCCAAGGGGAGCCACCCCCGCAAAUCACUUGGCUGAGGAACGGGCAGAUCCUGGAGACCAGCGACCACAUUAAGCUGAAGAAUAACAACAGCACUCUCUCCAUCUACGGGAUCAACCAGGCGGAUGAAGCCAUCUACCAGUGCAUCGCCGAGAACAGCGCCGGCUCCACGCAAGCCAGCGCUCGCCUGACGGUCCUGUGGGCAGAUGGGCUGCCCGGUCCUCCGCAGAGCGUGAAGGCUGAGACGGUCUCUGCAACCACCAUCCAGGUGUCUUGGAAAGAGCCUCUGCAGAACACCAAGGAGAUCAUCGGCUACGUGCUGCACAUUCGGAAAGCUGCAGAUCCCGUGGAGAUGGAGUAUCAGGAGGCUGUUAGCAAGAGCACCUUCCAGCAGCUAGUGACUGAUUUAGAGCCCUCGACCAGCUAUAGCUUUUAUAUAAAGGCUUACACCUCCCGGGGUGCCAGCAAAGCCUCAGAAGUCACAGUGGUGAGCACGCUGGGAGAAGUCCCAGCCAUGCCGUCCCUCUUUAUUAAAGUCAUUAACAGCACCACCGUCCGGGCUACGUGGGAGCCCUCCAUCAAACUGGGCCAGCACGAAGGCUUCAAGCUGUAUUACCGCAAGGUCCACCUCUCCCAGUACACGGGUCCGGUGCUACUGCCCAGCAACGUAACAGCGUACAACAUUACCCACCUGGAUGCGUCGGUGGUGUAUGAAGUCAAGCUCCUCGCCUAUAACCAGCACGGGGAUGGAAAUUCAACUGUCCGCUUCGUGUCCUUGAGGGAAACUGUGGAGAGGACAGUGCUGAAUCCCCCUUGCGAUUGCAUGAAGGACGAGCAGAACAAUAAAACCUCCACAACCGGCAUCAUCAUUGGGAUCCACAUCGGCGUCACGUGCAUCAUAUUCUGCGUCCUCUUCCUCAUGUUUGGGUACAGAGGAAGGCUGCUGAUGUGCAAAAACGUGCAGGAGCAGCUGUCAACCCCGCAGAUCCCCAGGAGCCAGCGAAAUGCCACGGGCCUCGUCCUGAACGGAGCCGCUCGCAGGGACAGGGACGACCGGGACUUGAAUGGGAAGCAGCUGGACAUGAACGAGCUGGAGCGGUUAUUCCCAGCAUCCCCAUCCCAGGAGCAGCAGGAUAAGGGAAUACCGGCGGCUCACAGCCCGCCGGCCGCCCACGACGACACCCAGAUAUCCGCGCUCCCUCUGGAUGAGUUCGGCAUCAUCGAGGAGCGGCCAGACCCCCUCCCGAAAAGCCCCGCAGCUCCGGCUCCCGCCCACGGUCCCGCCAAUGAAGGAUAA